UACGCGCUUAACGUCACUUGAAACCCGGAUCCUAUUUUGAGGCGGACAAUAACAUAGGCUAACUGGCUGGUGGCUAAUCGCGAGUGAAUAUCAGUCAUAACUGUGUGAAAACAGCAAGAUUAAGCGGGCCCUAGAACUAGGAAAGGGUCCAAAAGGUGAAUAAAUGUCUGAUGCAUCAGGACCUCCUAAUAAAAAGGAAGAAGAAGACACUACAUCUGAACCAGAGGAGCAAUCCGACGACAGCAGUGAAGAGGAAGCAGUUGGAAACUCAGAGAUGGACUUCCUGCGGAAUUUGUUUUCUCGCUCUUUGGGCCUUGGCUCAACAGAAAAGGUUUUGGAUGAUUUGACUUUGGAAGGAGUGGCGCAAUACAUUCUAAGUGGCAAAUGUAAAAAUAUCAUCUGCUUGGCUGGUGCAGGCAUAUCUACAUCGGCUGGGAUUCCCGAUUUUCGCUCACCCGGUACUGGCCUGUAUGCAAACCUGCAGAAAUAUAACCUUCCAUACCCAGAGGCCAUCUUCCAGUUAGAUUACUUUAAGAAACAUCCAGAGCCCUUCUUUGCCUUGGCCAAGGAGCUUUUCCCUGGAGAAUUCAGGCCGACCGUCUGUCACUACUUCAUGAAGCUGCUGAAAGACAAGGGUCUUCUCAAACGCUGCUACACGCAGAAUAUCGACACACUGGAGCGCGUGGCCGGGCUUAAGGGUGGCGAUCUGAUUGAAGCUCACGGAACGUUUCACAAGUCCCACUGCGUCAAAUUCACCUGCCGCAAAGAGUACGACCUGGACUGGAUGAAAGAACAAAUCUUUUCGGAUGACAUUCCAAAAUGUGAGAAAUGCAACAGUCUGGUUAAACCAGAUAUCAUCUUCUUUGGAGAGAGCUUGCCUGUGCGGUUCUUUACCUCGAUGAAGACGGACUUCCCCCGCUGUGAUCUUCUCAUCAUUAUGGGCACGUCUCUGCAGGUGCAACCUUUUGCAAGUCUGGUCAACAGGGUUUCCAAAACCUGCCCCAGGUUGCUCAUCAACAUGGAAAAAGCCGGCCAGUCUGACCCUAUGCUAGGUAUGCUGGGUUUUGGAGGAGGGAUGGACUUUGACUCAGAUAAUGCUUACAGAGAUGUCGCUCAUAUCAGUACAUGCGAUGACGGCUGUAUGGCACUAGCUGAGCUGCUGGGAUGGAAGGCUGAGCUGGAAGAAUUAGUCAAGCGAGAGCAUGCCAGAAUCGACGCUCAGGGCGUGGAAGGAAAGUCGAGCCAGAGCCAAGGAGCAAGCUCUUCUUCAGUGGCACCAGAGUCCAAAUAAGAAGUGUAAUCCUUAAGAAAGCUAGAUGAUGGUAGAAGUUGUCCUUUGAAAGGAGAUUAUUAUGGCUAUAUUUAUUGUUCACAAAUGAAGCUCUGUGUAAACUAACAUGCUCUAAACUGCAUUUGUUUUGCACUUCAAUGAAACAUCUUAUGUCUGUUCAGUUUUUUUUGAUACCGUAUACCACACAGCUGUUUAUUUUCCUGUGAGGUGUGCCAAUAGAUUUUAGUGAGUUGACUGUGAUGGGUACUCAAGAUCAAAACAUCUAUCGAUCUAAUUGAGUGCAGAUUUACUGAUGCUUAUCAUGGCCAUUCCACUGCAUCGGUUGCAUUUGUGUCCCUAGGAAAUAAAAUGCAUAUAAAUUCCCGAUGAAAUUAAUAUAUUUUUUUUACUAAGCGGAUUGAAUCGAUUGCAUAUUUACCUAAAAAAAUGUAAAAUAUUGAUUUAAAGUACUUUGACUUCACCAUGAAAUAUAAUACCUGUAAUUUAUAAUACAUGCAUAAUAUUUUGUAUCAAUCACUAUUAUUAUUGAAAUAUUUUUUAAUAUUAUUAUUAAUAAUAAUAUCAUGCAAUCUUUAUUUUACUUUUUUAUUUUAUUUUCAUUCUCUUUGACUAAUCCCAAUGGGAACAAAAAAAAACAUUACAUUUAAUUAUAUUAAGUCCAUGCUCAAUAAAAAUUAAGUCAAUAAAUAAAUGGUAUUUUUUAUAUGCGUUACUUCCGAUGUUCAACAAUAUGUUUUAUUUAAAAACAGCAAUUUGGUUAUAUUUCACAACUAAGUCGUCACUGUUACCCUAACUAAAUUUGGAAUAUUCAACAAGUAACAUGAUCCACAGGAAGUUGCAUAAUUCAGCUCCUAUUCAAGCCAUGGGACCGCCAAAAGUAGGUCCACUCAUUUAUGUUUCUGUAUUUCCGAAGAUACUGUUAACGACAGAGCGGGGGGUAAAAUUGUAAUCAUUGAAUAAUUUUGAUUUGCUAUUUUUGAAACAUCUGAUUAGCAUAAAUGCUAUGUAAAUGUUGUGUAUUUGCUAAUUGUAUGCUAAAAACUCACUCCUGUUAUUUUCGGUCGUGGCAUUUUAGGCUCGUUUUGGCUAAUAGACAUUUUGUGUAGUUCAUUAGAUUGAAAGUUGAAAAAAAGACAGACAAUAGGUUUAUUUUAGGAGAAUUACAACAACUAAGUAAUAUGGUGGAAUCUUAUAACCAGUCUGCUUGGUUUGAUCUAACAUUGUUUCUCUUGUUACAGUCAAAAAUAAUUAUGUAAUGGACUAACAAUGAACAAUUUUGUACUGUAAGUAAAGUGAGGUGGGUCGUCAGUAAGAACAGUGCAAUCUUUAAUCUUUUGGGGUGGGGGGGGUGAUGUGGCAGUUUUGAAAUAUUUAAUUUGCUUGGACAGAAAUUGCAAUAUUCAACAACACAUUAUGUGUGUUCAAUACAAAUAUUGACAAAAAAAUUACAAUGCGAUGUAACAUCUGUUUAAUGAGUGAACUCAAUAUUACCAUAUAUGUGCAAAACAAUGCAUAAAUAAAGUCUGGCAAUAAAUUUUACUUUUUUUAAACUAA